UCGCGCAGCUGUCAACAGUGAGGAAGCAGCGAGAAGCAACAGAGGAAGUAAAAACUAAAGCUGCUACUCGCAGUGUUUUUGCGUCUACUAUUGAGUGUAUGCUGUCACCUACGGCUACGUUGGGACUUAUAGAAAGAUGGCGGCCUCGACUCGCUUUUCAGUAGACCGCCAGUGAAAGAAAACAAUGUUUACCACUAGCUGUUGCUUGCUAACUUCUAAGCUAGCUCGCUAACAGUCAGCUGUUGUUAUGGUGUGGUUGGGGCGAUAGCUGGCUGUUACCCCAAGUGUUCAGUUGUCAUAUUUGUCCAGAAUACCAGGAUUUACCAGACUGCAAUUUCUACGGUCACUCUGGACGCAUGGAACUGGUCGGCCGGCGUUUAAUGGCGACUUAAAAAGCUGCAUCACCCUGACAGACUCGUCAGCUGUUGUUUGGCAGUUUAUCCAGCAGAAACAUUGUGUAAUAGAAUCAGCGAAACUGCUUCAAGAUGCAUGACGCGUAUGAGCCAGUGCCUAUUUUACAGAAGCUUCCUCUUCAGAUCGACUGUCUUGCGGCUUGGGAGGAUUGGCUGCUUGUUGGAACAAAACCAGGACAUCUUCUCCUGUACAGAAUCAAGAAGGAUGCAGCCACCAACCGGUUUGAGGUGACUUUGGAAAAGUCUAAUAAGAACUUCUCCAAGAAAAUUCAACAGCUAUACGUCGUCUCUCAGUAUAAAAUUCUCGUCAGUCUUUUGGAGAACAACAUCCACGUCCAUGACCUCCUGACCUUUCAGCAGAUCACUGUGGUGUCUAAAGCCAAAGGAGCCACGCUGUUUGCAUGUGACCUGCAGCAAACGAGCUCCGGAGAGGAAAGCCUCAGAAUGUGUGUGGCGGUGAAAAGGAAACUCCAGCUGUAUUACUGGAAAGAUAGAGAGUUCCAUGAGCUGCAGGGCGACUUGGGUGUGCCAGAUGUUCCUAAGUCCAUGGCUUGGUGUGAAAACUCCAUCUGUGUUGGCUUCAAACGGGACUAUUACCUCAUUCGGCUGGAUGGCCGCGGCUCCAUCAAGGAGCUCUUCCCCACUGGGAAACAGUUGGAGCCUCUAGUUGCCCCGCUGGCUGAUGGGAAGGUGGCUGUUGGGCAGGACGACCUCACCGUGGUGCUUAACGAAGAGGGAGUUUGCACCCAGAAGUGCGCCCUGAACUGGACCGAUAUCCCUAUCGCCAUGGAGCACCAGCCUCCCUACAUCAUUGCGGUCCUCCCUCGGUACGUGGAGAUACGGACCUUAGAGCCACGGCUGCUGGUGCAGAAUGUGGAGCUGCAGAGGCCGCGCUUCAUCACCUCAGCAGGGCCGAACAUCGUGUACGUCGCCAGCAACCACUUCGUCUGGCGCCUGGUGCCGGUGUCGAUAGCCAGCCAGAUCCAGCAGCUUCUCCAGGACAAGCAGUUCGAGCUCGCUCUUCAGCUGGCGAAAAUGAAGGACGAUUCAGAUGGCGAAAAGAAGCAGCAGAUACAUCACAUCCAGAAUCUUUACGCCUUCAACCUGUUUUGCCAGAAGAAGUUCGAUGACUCCAUGCAGGUGUUUGCUAAACUUGGUACAGAUCCCACGCAUGUGAUCGGACUUUACCCGGACCUGCUCCCAUCAGACUACCGCAAACAGCUGCAUUACCCCAACCCUCUGCCCAGCUUGUCUGGGGCCGAACUGGAGAAAGCUCAUCUGGCUCUUAUUGAUUACCUCACCCAGAAACGCAGCCAUCUUGUCAAACAGCUGAAUGACACGGGCCCGUCCACAACGUCUCCGCUCAUGGAGGGAACGCCGACUAUUAAGAGCCGCAAAAAACUCCUGCAGAUCAUCGACACCACGUUGCUCAAAUGUUAUCUGCACACCAAUGUGGCCCUCGUCUCUCCCCUCCUUCGACUGGAGAACAACCACUGCCACAUCGAGGAGAGCGAGUACGUUCUGAAGAAGUCUCAGAAGUACAGCGAGCUCAUCAUUCUCUACGAAAAGAAGGGCUUGCACCAAAAAGCCUUGCAGGUCCUGCUGGACCAGUCCACCAAGGCCAACUCUCCUCUGAAAGGUCAUGAGCGAACCGUCCAGUACCUCCAACGACUGGGAUCAGAGAAUCUGGGGAUAAUCUUGGAGUUUUCUCCCUGGGUGCUUAAAAUCUGUCCUGAGGAUGGCCUGAAGAUCUUCACUGAGGAUCUGCCUGAGGUGGAGACUUUGCCCAGAGACAAAGUGCUGCAGUUCCUGAAGGAAGGCUUCGUGGAGCUGGCCGUCCCGUAUUUGGAGCACAUCAUUUAUGUGUGGGACGAGAAGGGCCCCGAGUUUCACAACGUGCUUAUUCAGCUGUAUCUGAGCAGGGUUCAAGGCCUGAUGAAGCAGUACCUCAACUCGCUGCCAGAAGGGGUUUCUGCCGUUCCUGCCGGCCAGGAGCAAGGUGAACUGGGAGAGUUCAGGAACAAGCUGCUGUCUUUUCUGGAUAUUUCCACCAGCUAUGAACCUGCCAGACUCAUCAGCGACUUCCCAUUUGAUGGGCUGCUGGAGGAACGGGCUCUGCUCCUGGGUCGCAUGGGAAAACACGAGCAGGCGCUUUUCAUAUACGUUCAUGUUCUGAGCGACACCCGCAUGGCCGAAGAAUACUGCCACCGGCAUUAUAACAGUUCAGUGGAAGGAAAUAAAGAUGUUUAUCUGUCUCUGCUGCGGAUGUACCUGUCCCCCCCUGACGCCCACUGCCUGGGGCCCAUUAAGAUGGAGCUCACUGAGCCUCAGGCCAACCUGCAGGCGGCCCUGCAUGUCCUGGAGCUGCACCACAGCAAGCUCAACACCACCAAGGCUAUGAAUCUGCUCCCAGCAAACACUCAGAUCCAGGAGAUAAAGGUCUUCCUGGAGAGCGUCCUGGAGGAGAAGGCCCAAAUGAAACGCUGCAACCAGGUGUUGAAGAGUCUGCUGCAGGCCGAGUUCCUCAGGGUGCAGGAAGAACGAAUCUUCCACCAGCAGGUUAAAUGCGUCAUAACAGAAGAAAAAACCUGCAGAGUCUGUAAGAAGAAGAUAGGAAACAGUGCGUUUGCCAGGUAUCCCAACGGCGUGGUGGUUCACUAUUUCUGCUGCAGAGAUCGCAGCGUGUGUCCCACUGAGCAGUAAAAUCCUCUUCUCACACUGACAAAUAAAACCCCCCCACCCUCCACCUCCCUGCUGCGGCCUUCGCCGCUCGGCCAUGUUGGAAUUAGAAACAUAUUUGAAGGACUGCGGCGUUGGUUUAUUAUGCCCUUCUGCUGCCACAGAGCAGAACAGGAGCAGUGCUGAAGUUGUUCCCCUCUCAGCAUACAUGAAGAAACAGGAAAACGUCGGGAGACGCUCAACGGGAACGCAGAGAGGAAGAAGGAAAGAAAGAAAGAAAGGAAGAUCAAGACAAUCCAGAAGCAGGUGCCGCUGUAACCACAUAAAGGAUUUGCUGCCUUACAGGCACAGCGCCCUGGAAGAUUAUUGACAGCUGGGAUUGCAGAAGUAAGCGUGUCAUCUCUGAUUACUACAGUUUAUUAUUUAUGUUUUGUUUUUGUUUUGCUUUCACGUUCCCUCCACUACUGUAACUCAUCGCAGGCCUCAAACA